UUAACAUGGACGCGGACCCACCAUUUCACGAGGCCUACAAGACCCUCUUCGACAAAACCAUCGAAAGGAAUACCCCACGCAACCAGCUCAUCGACAACAAAGAUAACGAGCAGCUUGUCAUCGUCGAGGAAUGCGAGCUUCCGUUGAUCGACCUCAGCCGUUUAAACCUCGGUGAACCUGAGAGAGAGGAGUGCAAGGCCGAGAUAGCUAGAGCUUCGAAAGAAUGGGGUUUUUUUCAAGUUAUGAAGCAUGGAAUCUCCACUGAGAUUUUGGAGAAGAUGAGAUUUGAGCAGGAGAGGCUGUUUAAGCAACCCUUUCACGAGAAGAGCAAAGAAGACAAGUACCUGAGAUUUUCAGCUGGUAGUUACCGUUGGGGCACCCCUUCAGCCACAAACCUAAAGCAGUUAUCAUGGUCAGAAGCUUUCCACAUUCCUUUGAUCGAUAUUUCCCCUUCUGGUGGCUUCGAUAGUCUCGGUCGUGAGAGCUCUACGAGCAACUGGGUCAUGUGGCGCACCAUGCUAGGCCACAUGGAUUUCACGUCAAGCACAACAAUGGAACAGUUUGCAGCCACAGUGUCCAGUCUAGCACAAAAAUUGGCUGGGAUUCUGGCUGAGAAAGUGAGUCAUAAAUCAACUUUCUUCCAAGAAAAUUGUCUACCAAACACUUGCUAUCUUCGAAUGAAUCAUUACCCUCCGUGCCCAAUAGCUUCAGAGGUAUUUGGCCUAACGCCACACACCGACAGUGACUUCCUCACAAUACUGCAUCAAGAUCAGGUUGGUGGACUGCAAUUGGUGAAAGAUGGGAGAUGGAUUUCGGUUAAACCUAAUCCGGAGGCUCUUAUUAUCAACAUUGGAGAUUUAUUUCAGGCAUGGAGCAACGAUGCGUAUAAGAGUGUGCAACAUCGGGUUGUCACUAAUCCGCUAGUUGAAAGGUUCUCCACCGCAUAUUUCUUCUGUCCAUCAUAUGACACCGUGAUACAGAGUAGCUGCGAGCCUUCGGUAUAUAGAAAAUUCAGCUUUAGGGAAUACAGGGAGCAGGUCCAAGCAGAUGUUCAAAAACUAGGAUCUAAAAUAGGGCUUCCUAGAUUUCUUGCGUAAAUCCAUGGAUCCCAAAGGAGUGGUGCAUUUAUAUAUAUCGACUGGGUAUUAUUGUUGAGAUUGUGUGUGAGAAAAAAGGUAUAUAAGUGUAGUCCAAUUUGAAAAUAAGAAAGGGUAUAAUUAAGCUUAAUUCAAUGUUGAUCAGUAGUACUACUACACAAUGCGAAAGAAAAAUUUUCGGACGUUUUGCUUUGAGAAAGUAA